GAAGCCACCGCAGGGCGAGCACCAAAACACGGCAUCACAGAGCCGCCAGAGAACUUCUGCUGGGCGCAGGACGGAGCUCUCCCGCAGCAGCACUGUCGUCGGCCUCAGGAUCCCAGGACUCCUGGAAGAGCUCCGGGAAGAGGAGGAGGAGUGAGAGGAGGAGGCGCGUCCUGCUGACAGAGAGCAUCCUCCCUGUCCUUCCCUGCCACACAAUAGCAGCCAGCAAACAUCACUCACGAGGGAUUUCACACUCUAACGUCCGGCUUCUCUCCAAACUUUGGGGAUCAAAAGUUGCUCAAGUAGCUUUCACGGAAAGCCGGGAUUCUCCCAAGUCGCUCGCCAAGAGCCUGACGGAUUUCCUGGACCAGCCGGCACCACGCUGCAGAAUGGAUCUCCCACCUAUCAGAGGUUUGUCUGAUGUCCCGUGAGCGUCCCGUUACAGCCUCCGCCCGCUGCCCUGACGCCCAGCCUGGCCCGCCAGGAUGGACCCUGCUCAUUCCUUCAGGGUGGAGCUCGAUAGCCUGGACCUCUCUCAGGGCCAAGUGCUGUCACUAGACCAAAUACGUGCCAUCAGAGCCAACAAUGACUACGUCGAAAGGCCUGUGGCUCUGGAACCUGCAACCCAGUCAGGAGUAUUUUACGCCCACGAAGACCGGUUUCCGCAAGGAGUAUAUUCCCACUACCCCCAAGCUUCCUUCCACUCCGCCCUGCCUCGCAGCCAAAGUCAGCAGCAGCAUGAUCACCUGCCCCACGUGAGGCGUUCCAGUACCAUAAGCUCAUCUAUCUCUCGGACAAGUGCCACCUCAGACCAGAGGCUCCUCGCCGGCUUGACUCCGUCUCACUCCGGCCUGGCUUCAGUGGUCCGCUCGCAACCAAAAGGGGAGCUGAAGCCGUCUUUGAGUAAAGGUCUGGUGGAGGAAGAGGCGGAGCUGGGCCUCCAUCUCUUCAUCUGCGAGCGGUGUGGUCGCUGCAAGUGCCAAGAGUGCUGCACCCCUCGCCGCCUUCCGACCUGCUGGGCCUGCGGGGAGCGCUGCCUGUGCUCAGCUGAGACUGUUGUGGAGUAUUGCACCUGCUUGUGCUGCGUGAAAGCCCUCUUCUACCACUGUUCCUGCCAGGAAGACGAGGACAACUGUGCUGACCGGCCUUGCUCUUGUGGCUCGUCCCAUGCUUUUGCUCGCUGGGGGAGCAUGAGUCUGCUGGCGCUCUGCUUGCCCUGCCUCUGGUGCUACCCCCCUGCCAGGCUGUGCCUUGCCAUGUACCAGUGUGCCCACGACCGAGCUACACGUCCAGGCUGCAGGUGCAGCAACACUAACACUGUCUGCCGCAAGAUCUCUGCCUCCAACCCAAACGCUGGCCACUCCGCCAUCCACAGCAAAUCUGUGGAGAAGUCUCUAUGACAGGCCUGGAUGGGGGUCAGGGUUCUGGCCAGUCGACACACCAGGGCUUCAUGUGUUUGUGACGUACCUAGACACCGUCCGUCCCCCCUGUGUCGCAAUCCGUCCCCGGCUCAGGAGGGACCAAAGCUUCAAUGUGCCUGAUGGAUGAGGAAAGUUCGGCUCUGGCACCAGACGGGGAUCACCUCUCUCUGCCUUCUGUGGUGUAAUCAGGACAAUCCAGAUCUAUUUAUUUAUUCUUGCACUUCCUUUCAAUCCACCCUUUGCAAAUAAUGCACAGAGCACAGAGAUGGGCAGCGAACCAAAUCAGGGAGGAAAGAUGCCUUGGGCGCCGUGUGUGUCCUCUAGAAUCAGAACACGGCAUCGAACACAGACACUUCCGCGAAGACAAAGACGAGAGCAGAUAAGUCUCCUGUGGUUAUCUGACUGGGACUUGUCACGUCAAUGCCAUUGUCGACCAAAUACGGACCGUCCACUGUGCUAGCGGACGGAAUUACAAAGAUACCAGGCUGGUGUGUAAAAACACUGUGAGGUAGAGGGACGAGCAGCAGAGAGCUGAGCGAGAGAGCACUGACCAGGAAGAGGGUGUAUCCAUUGUGACUGAGUGUGAGUCCUCUCAUGGAGCAAACUUGUGUAUGUCGGGACUGUGUGCGUGUUGUUUUGUCAGCAGAAGAAGCCUCCUUUGUCUUAUUUUUAGCAGUGGAGCCCUGGUGGUGUUCUGGUCAGGUUUCCUCUCCAAGUCAGUCUGUCGCCAACCGUCCUCAUCCCGCUUCCUUUCACCCCUCCUCCUCAUCCUCCUCCUCCGCUGAACCCUUCAGACAAACUAACCCAGAGACGUCUCACUUCUCCUUCAGAGAACAAUCCGUCACAGCUUUACAAACAUAAUGCUGUUCAAGUAAAAGAGAGAUUCAAAGUGGAUCUCAGAGUUUUCACAGCAAGGUGUCUCUCUCAGAGGUAGAAGCUCAGGCAUCCAGGAGAGACUCAGACUAGAGUGCUCCUCUAAGAGAAGCCAGUUAAGGUUGCUCUAGUUCAGAUAGCUCCAAUGAGGUGUUUCACUAGGUAGAGGCUCUGGGGCAGACCCAAGACCUGUGGGACAGUUGACUAGGAAACACCUCGGUAUAGCGAGUAAGGCCCCUAUCAACAUGGAGUUGGUCCAUGCUAGAUCUCAGAUUCAUGACUAUUUAUGCAUUAGCAAUGAAGGUCAGCUUAGCUAAUGAUAUCGUAAACACGUCGUAGGGUCCCUUUAAGGCCCAUUUAUUCUCAACGUUAUGUGCGGAUCCGGAUUUGGACGGAGGUUUCUGUCCGUGCUCUGCGUUCAUUUCCUCCAUAUUUCUAUGCGUCUCCACGAAGGUUGCGGAUACGGCCCAAAAUGGAGCAGUACCACUGGAAAUCGUGAAAUCUGUGUUGCUGUUACUACGUGAAAAGUAGCUCUAAUGAGACUUGUGAAGACAUAACAAUGUCGGAAAUUCUUCGUCCUCCAGUCGCGACACAUUUAACGGCCUCAUCGACUGCAACAACGAUGCCAGCCGUUUCGAUACAUUAGCGUUACUUUGUGCACAGUUGCCAUGUUUGUUUUGGAGUUUGUCGUGGGCUGCUCCCCCUGGUGGAUAUAUUGGUGAACAGCAAAAAGUAAAGAUCGCAUGGAGACAUGUGACCAGUGGCAUAGUUUGAAACGGACAGGUACAAUUUUCGUAUGUAAAGGGAGCAUAAAUGGGCCUUUAGUCGAGUCUUUGCGGCCUCAGCCUCGUAGCUUCAGACUGACAACAUCUCAAACAAAGCAGCAAAAGUUAUGCUGCAGAAGUCAUUCCCACAUCUCUCCGUCCAGCCUGGCCGGCCUCUCCUCUUACCCUCAGCAAGACUAAAAGCCUUGAGCUCCGGGUCCUUCGAGAGUUGAUCAAACAGGCAAUUAGCUUCAUGAUAGCUCUUAAUGGGCUGGAGGAGGAGGGAGGGGGCGCGGGGACAGGAUGAGUGGCGUUGUGGUGUUUGACAGAUGGGAGGAGGAGGAAGGUGAGGUCGGAGGAAGAAAACGGAUGAUGGCGUUAUUAAGCCGAUCCGCGGCGCAGAGUGCUCCCAAGAAAACUGCUGCACAACUUUCAUUUCCGACUUGACGUCACUUCCUGUGUGACUGUGAGUGUGUUGGUGUACGAGUGGAGAAGAGAAGCACAGAUUUACACUCACGGCGCUGAAGUUCUGUUGCUCUAUUUUUAUAUGUAGAUACAGAUUUCCUUUAUUUUACUCUUGCUGUGUUUCAUGGAGAUCGACUGCUCGCCCUCACCUGGACGCCCAAAUAUUCAGUGAAUGGCGUCGAUCGGGUUUGGUUUGGUUUGUCACAGCUGGCAGAUGCUUCAUGGCUACUUUGGUUUACAUGGAGCAAACUGAGCGCAUGAACAGCAGUGUCUCCGCCAAGAUCGCCACAGUUUCACCCCCGAUCUCGGAUCUGCGGGAAGAGUUACAGAUGACUAUAUUUAGAGGUUUAUGGAAGAUAUGUCACCGCUUCACAUGUAUUUAUUUGACUGUCACGAAGACGAUGGAUAUUUAUUUUACUGCUGAUGUUCGUCCUCUGGCUGUGUGGGUUCAUGUGUGGCUGCUGCUGCCCUCCUGGCUGACGGUGAUCCAAUA